AUGGAGUUGAUUGCAUUGGCAGUGUCAGUGUUGAUUUGGGGCUGCUCUGUGGCACCCGGUGAUGGACUGGACAACGGCUUGGCACGCACGCCUCCCAUGGGGUGGCUGAAUUGGGAGCGUUUUCGCUGCAUCACGGACUGUGACCAGUUCCCCGAUGAGUGUAUUAGCGAGGCACUCUUCAAGCGCACAGCAGAUCGUCUGGUGGAGGAUGGUUACCUCGCCUUGGGCUAUGAAUACGUGAUUGUGGACGAUUGCUGGAUGGAAAUGGAGCGCGAUGAGGAUGGACGAUUAGUGGCGGACAGAAAGCGCUUCCCAAGCGGAAUGAAAGCUCUCGCAGACUAUAUGCACGAGAGAGGAUUAAAAUUUGGAAUAUACGAGGACUAUGGGACUAAAACUUGCGCUGGAUAUCCCGGUGUUCUGAACCACAUGGAAAUUGAUGCACAAACUUUCGCCGAUUGGGGAGUGGAUUAUGUUAAGCUCGACGGAUGCUAUUCUGAGGUUGAGGACAUGGAUAUUGGGUAUCCCGAAUUCGGGAGACUCCUUAAUGAGACAGGACGACCUAUGGUGUACUCGUGCAGUUGGCCAGUUUACCAGGAAGUCAAUGGAAUCAUUCCCAACUAUGAAGCUAUGAAAGCUGCUUGCAAUCUGUGGAGGAAUUGGUACGAUAUCGAUGACUCUUGGGAGUCUGUGAGGACAAUCACCAAAUAUUUCGCCAAUAAUCAGGAUCGCAUUCAGAACGUAGCCGGUCCAGGACACUGGAAUGAUCCUGAUAUGCUGAUUAUCGGCAACUUUGGCUUGAGCAUUGAUCAAAGCAAGGCACAAAUGGCGAUCUGGGCUAUCUUGGCAGCGCCACUUCUCAUGUCCAAUGAUCUCGACAGAAUCAGACCAGAAUUCCGGGAAAUCCUCCAGAAUCGAGAAAUCAUCGCCGUGAAUCAGGAUCCACUCGGAAUGCAGGGCAGAAGAAUCCGAUACACCAACAAUAUAGAAGUGUGGGUGAGACCAAUUACACCCAGUUGGGGAGUCAAUUACUCAUACGCUGUGGCUUUUGUGAGCCAUCGAACCGACGGAGCGCCGUACACUUUGAAUCUGGACGCUAAAAGCCUGGGCCUGAAGAGUCCGCUGUACAUGGUUCAUGACUUGUACGAUAAGAGCAGCAGAAGUCGCUUCAUGGCGAGCAGAUCGUCAAAGCUGCGUGUCAGAAUCAACCCGUCUGGGGUGGUGUUUUACAAGUUCGAAGCUCUCAAUCCCAGCGCGGCGCCUUCCUCCAAUACUGUGUAG